AGAUAGGCACGCAGCGGACUUACCAGCCACCGUCCGAGCACACAGAAGAUGAGACCAGGUUCGGCUAUGCGUGGUGUGACCUGGCGCCACGCAAUCUACCAAAUGCGAAUACCCACUGACAUCAUGAAAAGGGGCGUCAUACAAGCCAAGGGUGCUCGAAAGCAGCUCGAUGCAGGUACGAGACAGUGAAGAAUGGCAGAGGAGACCUGAGCUGAUUCUGGUGAUGGAGCGUCCUCUGUCGAUUCUCCCGAUAGUGCGGUGGACUAAACAACAAAGAGGGGGCAGGCUAUUGUCGACGUCGCUGGGAUAUGUUCUAUAUUUAUUCUCGGGGUAUCGAGAGGAAUGUCAAGACCACACUGCAGCUGGGAGUGGGGCGAUCUUCAAUCAUCCAGCCUAGCUCUGCGCAUCCCGACAAGCGAGUAGAUAGUCAAUCCUCAAGUGCCACUGUCUCAA